AGGCGCGCCAUGCAGAAGCUUAGUAUGCACUGCGAUGCCCAACUGCAGCCCACGCAUCUCCACGAUGGUGGAUGUAAGUGACAGAUGAGAGACGGGGGAAUCGCAGGCUGCUCUACACGGCCGUGACGAGAUGGCACAGCCGCUGGACGUGCGAGUCAAAUAAAAGGCAAGAAGGAUAAAUAUGAAGGCUCACUACCACCGCAAAGGAACACUUUAAGAGGAACCAAACUGGAUAACAUUUCAUACAUCUGCGCAUCAAGAGAAAGAGGGAGAGGGCUUCAAAUGGCUUGAGCAUGUUUGGCACCUGUCACUCCCAACUCACCAGCGACUGCCAAUCAACAACAGUACAUGGUCAUGUUGAAAAGACCCAGUGCAUGAGCUUGGCUGCUUGCCUGAAAUGCCUGACUAGGAUUGAGCCGGAGUUUUUGGUGAUGUAUGGCUGGAAGUAAAGUGAAGAAGCUGCUUGGACGGCAAGGGGUGACUUUGAUACUUCUGCUGGGCAUGUUGAGCAUCAACGCUGCAGCAACUCUAAGCAACGCAAAUAACACAGGUCUUCAAAAGUGUAUCUUCAGUGGCCAAACUUGGCCCCACCUCAUUUGAAAGCUGCAGGUCCCAUCACCUUCCACCAUGACGGUUGCUACCAACGACCCGACAGAUGAAGCGGCAGCACAUCCGGGUCAGCCUCAUGACCAGUACGACCCAGAGCCGGAUCAUGAGUGCUGCGAGAGGGUCGUCAUCAACAUCUCGGGUUUACGCUUUGAGACGCAGCUUAAGACCCUGUCCCAGUUUCCGGAGACACUCCUCGGCGACCCCAAAAAACGAAUGAGAUACUUUGAUCCCCUCCGGAAUGAAUAUUUUUUUGACCGCAAUCGACCAAGUUUUGAUGCUAUUCUUUAUUAUUACCAAUCAGGAGGGAGGCUGCGCCGGCCUGUUAAUGUCACUCUUGAUAUUUUUUCUGAAGAGAUUCGCUUCUAUGAGCUGGGCGAGGAGGCUAUGGAAAUUUUCAGGGAGGAUGAAGGUUUCAUAAAGGAAGAGGAGCGCCCACUGCCAGAGAAUGAGUUCCAGAGACAGGUGUGGCUGCUCUUUGAGUACCCAGAGAGCUCAGGUCCAGCUCGCAUCAUUGCCAUCAUCUCUGUCAUGGUGAUUCUUAUCUCGAUUGUUAGCUUUUGUCUGGAGACGCUGCCAGUUUUCCGAAACGAAGACGAGGAGAUGUACAAUUAUCCCUUCCAAACUAUUUCCAAUGUCACUACGACUUAUGACACAUCAUCAUACUUUACUGACCCUUUCUUCAUUGUGGAGACGCUUUGUAUCAUCUGGUUCUCAUUUGAGUUCCUCGUCAGGUUUUUCGCAUGUCCCAGCAAAGCUGGAUUUUUUGGCAACAUCAUGAACAUCAUUGAUAUUGUGGCAAUCAUUCCCUACUUCAUCACCCUUGGCACAGAGUUAGCAGAGAGGCCAGAAGACAGAGAGGCAGGACAGCAGGCUAUGUCCUUAGCAAUUCUCCGUGUCAUUCGUCUUGUCAGAGUGUUUCGCAUUUUCAAACUCUCCCGCCACUCCAAGGGACUCCAGAUCUUGGGGCAGACUCUGAAGGCCAGUAUGCGUGAGCUCGGACUCCUCAUCUUUUUUCUUUUUAUUGGCGUCAUCCUCUUUUCCAGUGCUGUUUAUUUUGCCGAAGCAGACGAGCCAGAAUCCCAGUUCAGCAGCAUCCCAGAGGCCUUUUGGUGGGCAGUGGUUUCCAUGACAACCGUGGGGUAUGGCGACAUGGUCCCGACAACCAUUGGUGGAAAGAUCGUGGGCUCUCUUUGCGCUAUCGCUGGCGUGUUGACCAUCGCGCUGCCAGUGCCAGUUAUUGUGUCGAACUUCAACUACUUUUACCACAGAGAGACGGAGGGCGAAGAACAGGCUCAGUAUUUAAAUAUCCCCAGCGUGCCUAAGGCCAGCUCAGCUGAUGACCUAAAGAAGAGUGGCCGCAGUGGCAGCGGGUCAACUCUCAGUAAGUCGGAUUAUGUGGAGAUUCAGGAGGCCGCCAACCACAGCACUGAGGACUUCAGACCAGAGGGCAUGAAAACAGGAAACUGCACUCUUGCCAACACCAACUAUGUAAACAUCACUAAGAUGCGUACGGAUGUAUAAUGUGAGAUAUAAUGUCAGCUAUUAUUAAUCUGGCGUCUGCAGAGACUGGAACAGGAAGCUAAAAAUGGGGCCCCUGAUUACCAAUAGUUGGGGUCCAGUGUUGGAGUCCAAAGCAGGUGAAAAGUUAAGUUAAAGUCAGCAGGAGAAGACCUUAUGCUUGCUCAUAUCUGAGAGAACUUGAGCACAUCAUAGACCUGCAACGUGUCUUAUAUGGGAUAUCAUUAGCUUCUGCAUGGAGUUAGUCUUAUAUGACAGUAGUUGUCCAGCUCGCAAACGUAGCCAAAUAGUAGCCUAGGAAGUAAUAAUCAUUAUUAAAAGCCUAAUGGGACCACUUGUUGCUACCUUAUAGUACCAACUGCGGCCAGAAGACGACGCACAAUAAGAUAGGGAUGAUGUUUAUUUUAAAAUGUAAGUGAGGCCAUACUGUCAGCAAAAUGUGUUGCUCCAACUGCCAAGGUCCCAGCUGUACUGUCAAGAUCAGCAACAGUGGAAGACAGUGAUGCUAAUACCCAUCUGGUCCGAUGGUCAUUUAAUGCUCGCUCUGUAAAAACAAUAGGUCCCUUAAGAACCUAAGUGCACUAGCAUUCUUCGCUUCUGAUUAUCUGUACUAGUGGUCUCCGUAGAGACCAACACAUGCACCACGGGAAAGUGAUGCAUAUGAGGACCACAAAAAUGCACUACUUUCUAAUCUAAUACCUAAUAAAUCGACUUGUGUUUCCUCAAGAAGCAUUUGUGGAUAUACAGGAGGUACACACCAUCAAGUGUUAUCAGCCAAUAUCGCCGAAGAGAGUGAAUGUCUCCUUUAUAAAUCGCAGGUUCAUUUGGUACUCAGCUGAUAAAGAAGAUAAAGAAUGAAGGUCGCGUUGUACAUCCGUGCCUAUUUGUAAUUUUAUUUAGCUUUGCCUUUAAGUGUCUCUUUAACUGCCACCCAGCCCAACUGUAACAGGAAUACUAUUUAGUUUGACCACACUGCCCGACAUAAACAAUGCUGUCCUUAACUUCAUAGCAUUCCAUCUUUGUAGAAAGAGACAUGUGAAUAAGUAACAAAAGAUGUGAUAUUUCAUCAUUUGUAUUAACACUUAUGACAGCAGGGGUAACUUAUUGCUUAAAUGUACAGCUAAUUAAGGCUUUUACUGUAUUAACCCUACCUACCCAAGAAAGCAUGAGGAACACAUAAAUAAUAAAUAAAUAGCAAGCUUUGUCGUGGUGCGCUUUAUACAAUACAAUAAAAUGCAUCAUGUAUUUUUAUUUGCUCGCUGUUACUUAAGAAAACGUGAUAGCAAAGAACCAAAGAAAAACAUGGUGCCACCUGGAUUAACAUCUUGGGUUGUAAAAAACAGGCAUGCUCAGAAUUUAUACAGUAAAUUUGUGAACCCAUAGACUUUGAACAAUCAUUCCAAUGGUGCCCAUAAGCCACUGCAGACCUGUAGGUCACAUUCUUCAUCAGCAUUUAUCAAUCAAUGCUAUUCUGCUCUUGUAGUGCUGCAUGUCUUUGGAAGUAAUCAUGGUAGCAUGCAUUAGUAUGAAUAAUACUAGCAAACUGACUCAAAUACUGUAUACUCCAUUGUAUUUAUAGGCACUGCAGGCAUUAUACAGUAUGCAGGAAAUGGAAGACAUGGGUGCUUCAUAAUGAUGUGUGAUGCUUGUACACAUGCACCUUUGUAUUGGGUUGCUAUUUCACGUAUUAUAUGAGCUUCAAACCAUGUGAAAGUGACCAUUGUGCAAGUUCAGGAAGACAAAGAGUCACUUCACCAUGAGAUGAACAGAGAAAUUAGUGUGAUGAGAGAUAAUUCCUUGUAAGAGAAACCUGUGACCCUCAGUUCAGACAUGAUUAGUCUCUUAUUCCUGUCAAGAUGGUUGCUUACUGAGCCUCUGAGCACCUAUUUUGUCAAUGACACUUUGUUUCUUCAGCCAAGUAUAUCUCAAUCGACUCAGAGUGUCCAUAGCUGAAAUUAAACUGUAAAACCAUCAUGUUCAGGGAGGAUGCGUAAUAUUGAGAAAGAGAGCAUUCAGCUUGUAUCUCUACAGUUUGCAUAUUCUUCAGCACACUGUUUACUGCUUGAGUGUGUAUUCACAUUCAUGUGUAUAGCAAGCACAAUAAAAUGAGGGGAUUCGAACAUGAGGUCAGAUCUCUUGUACAUGCAUGUGCUGAAAGACAAGCUGAAUGAUCAAUCGAGGGCAGGAAUUAAACCAUUGGAAAGUUAGAUAAACGCUGCCUAUACACUUCCUGAGGUUUUUUUUUUCUGAUGUGUAUUUUCUAUGUGCACUUUUAUGUCUUUACAGUAUGUGGCCUGAAAGCUGUAUGUCAGGACCUCCGUGAAUCAUAUUUUGGUCCACAAACACAAAGUUUUCAAAAACAAAACAUGCCAUUUGAGCAACCAUUGUGACAGGACACUUUGGAUUAAGAAAAUCAGCACAGGAUACACAAAACAACUCAACUGAUGAUUACAUAUACAGUAUAUAUCUAGUCUGUACAUGCAGAAACACACUGCCUACAAGCGCACACUUGUACUGUAACAUCUGCUGUCCAUACUGACACCUGUGGUUACAUCAGUCAAGGCCACCAAUGCAAAUACAGUAGCCAAGUACAUGUUGUAUUGUACUAGCACCUCGGCUUUACAUUACAUGACGGAUGCUUGUGUGGCAUGGAAUCUAAGAGUCUGCUUGCAGAACUUGUCCCACUCAAUGACGUAUAGAUUCAAGAUUCAAGAUUCAAGAGAGUUUUAUUGUCAUGUGCAUGGUAAAACAGCAGUUAUACCAUGCAAUGAAAAUCUUAUUCUGUUCAUUCUCCCAAGAAAAGAAAGAAAACAAAUGAAAGAAUAAGAACAUAAGAAACAUAAACACAUAAACAUAUAUACCAAUAAAUUAAGCAACAACAACAGACGAGACAUUAAUACAAGUAAAUAAUACAAAUAAAUAAAUAAAUAAAGUGCUAUGAGUGUGUGCGUGUGUUGCGUGCGGCGUGUGCGAGUGCUUCGUUGAGGAGCCUGAUGGCCUGUGGGUAAAAACUGUUUGCCAGCCUUGUGGUCCUGGACUUCAAACUCCUGUAGCGUCUGCCUGACGGUAGGAGUGUGAAUAGUGAGUGUUGUGGAUGUGUGCUGUCCUUGAUGAGGUUGUGUGUUCUUCGUAGGACUCUAGAUGUAUAAAUGUCUUGCAGUGUGGGGAGGGCUGCCCCAACAAUGUUCUGUGAGGUCUUGAUCACCCGCUGGAGUGCCUUCCUAUCACGUGUUGUACAGUUACCGUACCAAACAGUGAUGGAGGCGGUAAGGACACUUUCGAUAGUGCAUCUGUAGAAGCAACUCAGGAUUGUGGUGGACAUGCCAAAUUUCCUCAGUCUUCUCAGGAAGUACAGUCUCCUUUGGGACUUCUUCAGAAUUUGUUGGGUGUUGUGAGACCAGGUGAGGUCCUCGCUGAUGUGUGUGCCAAGGAACUUGAAGGUUUUCACCCUCUCCACCUCAGUCUCAUCAAUAAACAGGGGUCUAUGCGGCUCCUUUUCCCUUGUUCUUGGGUCGAUGAUCAUCUCUUUAGUCUUAUCUGUAUUGAGAAGGAGAUUGUUAUCACGACACCAAGCUAUGAGGUCCGCCACCUCUCUUCUGUAUGAUGUUUCAACACCACCAGUGAUCAGUCCGAUGACUGUAGUGUCAUCUGCAAAUUUAAUGAUGCUGGUGUUGUUCUGGGAGGCCACGCAAUCGUAGGUGAAGAGCGUGUAGAGGAGUGGACUCAGCACACACCCCUGUGGGGUCCCAGUGCUCACAAUUCUUGAGCUGGAUGUGCGGUUGUGGACUCUGACUGACUGGGGCCUGCCUGUGA